AUGGCUUCGCGGCCUUCCCGCGGCGAGUGGUCCUGGAAGCGCUACGAGCGCCCGGGCCUGAUGCAGGAGGAAAUCGAAGAGGUCAAGGAGGCUUUUGACCUCUUUGACGUGGACGGGACGCAGAAGAUCCACCCGAGGGACUUGCGUGCUUGCAUCCAAUCGCUCAACCUGCGGCGAAACCAGGUCGUUCACCACCUGCUGAAUGACUUGGAGAGGAUGGAUGGCAAGCAUCUGGACUUCGGAGCCUUCCUGGAUCUCAUGACGGCCAAGAUGGGAGAGAGGGACACUAAGGCUGAUGUCUCGAAGGUCUUCCGGCUCUUUGAUGGGGACCAGACGGGCAAGAUCUCUCUGCGAAACUUGCAGAGGGUGGCGCGAGAGCUGGGUGAGCAGCUUCCAGUGGAGGCUCUCGAGGAGAUGAUCGCCCGUGCUGACUGCAGCGGGGAUGGCGAGGUGACAGAGGAGGACUUCUACGUUCUCAUGACGCAGAAGACAUUCCCCUACUGA